ACUAGCUUGGGAUACAAGGGUGUAUAAGAAAAUAGAUAGUAUGGUUGGAUGCUUUCUUGUAUCUGUUUUGUUAAAGGGUGUGGUUGACAGUUUUGAUUGGAUAUGUACAGGGGUGUAUGGUCCGAAUGCUGAUGGUCUUAGGGAUGCUUUGUGGACUGAACUUGAUAGUAUGAGAGGGAGGUGGAGUGCUGCUUGGUGUCUUUUUGGUGACUUUAAUAUCAUCAGAUAUCUAGCAGAGCGCCUUGGUUGUUCUUCUUUCAGUCCAACCAUGUACAAAUUCUCGGACCUUAUUGAGAGGAAUUUAUUGGUUGAUAUACCAUUGGUGAGGGGUGAGUGUACAUGGUUCCGUGACUUAGAUAACCCUUCUAUGUCUAGAAUUGAUAAGAGUGUUGGUAGCUGAUUGGGAGGAUCAUUUUUUGGAUGUGAUUCUAAGGCCUCUUCCUAGAGUGAUUUUGGACCAUUGUCCUCUUCUUGUGGAGGCAGGUGGAAUGUCGAGGGGAAAGACUUCUUUCAAAUUUGAGAAUAUGUGGCUUAAGGUGGAGGGUUUUGUGGAUCUUGUGAGAGGUUGGUGGAACGGAUACCAUUUUGUGGGGUCUCCUAGUUAUGUUCUAGCUUGUAAAUUGAAGGCUCUUAAGGGUGACUUGAAGUAUUGGAAUAAACAUGUUUUUGGGGAUGUGGCUUUUAAGAAAAAAUACUCGCUGUCUGAGCUUCUGGACCUAGAUUUGAGAGAAGGGAUGCAAACUUUGUCACCGGCAGAUAGUGCAAGAAGGGCUGAGAUAAAGGCUGAUAUUGAGUAUUUAGCUUCUUUGGAGGAGAUUUCUUGGAGGCAGAAAUUGAAGGCUUUGUACUUAAAAGAAGGGGAUAAUAAUAUUGGAUUUUUCCAUAGACUUGCUAAUUCUCAUAGAUGUACAAAUACUAUGAGAGGUGUGGAGGUUGAGGGCAUUUUGUACGAGGAUGAGUCUGCAAUUCAAGAUCAAGUGGUGGGUUUUUAUAAGUCCAUGUAUCAGGAGGCCGAAUCUUGGAGGCCCACUAUUGAUGGGUUAGAGUUUGCAAAUCUGGAUGAAACCAAUUGGACUGCUUUAGAAAGGGAGUUUGAGAAAGAGGAGAUCAUUGUAGCCCUACGGGAGGCUAAGGGUGAUAAGGCUCCCGGUCCAAAUGGCUUUACUAUGGCGUUCUUUCAAAAAUGCUGGUGUGUUCUUGAGAAGGAUAUCUUGGCUCUUUUUGCAGACUUCCAUAAAGAAUGUAUUUUUGAAAAAUCACUCAAUGCUACCUUUCUGUGUUUGAUUCCCAAGAAGCUUAGUGCAGUCAAUAUUAGAGAUUUUUGCCCAAUCAGCCUGUUAGGUAGUUUGUACAAGCUACUUUCAAAGGUUUUGGCACAUAGACUUCGUUGUGUUUUGGAUAAACUUAUUUCCAACUCCCAAAAUUCUUUUGUUGGGGGAAGAUAGAUACUUGACUUUGUUCUUAUUGCAAAUGAAUGCUUGGAUAGUAGAUUGAAGAGUGGUAUUCUAGGUGUGAUUAUUAAAUUGGAUAUUGAGAAGGCUUAUGAUCAUGUGAGUUGGAGUGCCUUAUUUUACCUCAUGGAGAGGAUGGGUUUUGGGGAGGAGUGGGUGAGUUGGAUGAAGAUGUGUAUUUCUACUGCUUGUUUUUCAGUGCUUAUUAAUAGGUUUCUAGUUGGUUUCUUUGGCAGCUCUCGUGGUCUUCGCCAAGGGGAUCCCUUAUCUCCACUCCUAUUCUUAUUGGUAAUGGAGGUAUUGAGUUGGUUGUUGAAAAGGAUAGAAGAUGGAGGCUUUCUCAGUGGAUUCCAAGCAAAUCCCAAUACAUGUGGAGGUUUGCGUAUCUCUCAUCUUUUGUUUGCUAAUGAUACUAUUCUCUUUUGUGAUGCAUCCAAGGAACAAUUAUUACAUAUUUGUAUGGUUCUAAUUUUCUUUGAAGCUAUCACAAGACUGAAAGUAAAUGUUGGUAAGAGUGAGAUUGUACCGGUUGGUGAGGUUGGGACCUUGGAUGCCUUGGCUCGAAUUUUAUGUUGUAAGGUAGGUUGUUUACUCAUGUCUUAUUUGGGGAUGCCCUUGGGGGCCCACUAUAAGGAUUCCUCAAUUUGGAACCCUAUCAUUGAAAGAAUGGAAAAAAAGCUUGCAGGUUGGAAGCAAUUAUAUUUGUCAAAAGGAGGUAGACUUACUUUAUUGAAGAGCACUUUAUCAAGUCUCCCUACUUAUUAUUUAUCUUUGUUCACUAUUCCACAACAUGUGACAGACAGAUUAGAGAAAAUUCAGAGGAAUUUCCUUUGGGGGAGAUCUAGUGAUGUCUUUAAAUUCUCACUUGUUGCUUGGGAGAAAGUUGUGUGGCUAGUGGAGUCUGGUGGCUUGGGGAUCUGGAAAAUUGGGUUGUUUAACCAAGCUUUUCUUGGGAAGUGGCUCUGUCGAUUUGGGAAUGAGGUCACUCGUUUAUGGAGGCAGGUUAUAGCUUCCAAAUAUGGGGAGGACAGUGGGUGAUGGUGUACUAGAGUUGUUAGAGGGAUGCAUGGAUGUGGCAUGUGGAAGAACAUUAGGAAGGGGGUUGAGAGUUUCUUUGGUCAUGUGUUGUAUGUGGUGGGUGAGGGUUUUUGUAUCAAAUUCUAGCAUGACCCUUGGAGUAGCCCUUCUGCCUUGAAAGUUUUAUAUUCGGCAUUGUUUGCUAUUUCUAUGAACAAGGAAGCUAUGGUUUUUGAAAUGGUUGAUUAUGCUCCGGAUGGGGGUGGUAGAAGCUGGAACUUACGUUUCUGUCGUGCAUUUCAAGACUGGGAGACAGAGAUCUUUUAUGAUUUCUUUGUGUAUAUCUCCUCUAAGUUACCUAGGGGGGGGUGAUGAUACCAUCAUAUGGCAAUUGAAUCGGAGUGGUGUUUUUAAUGUGUGCACUUUUUAUACUUCAUUGCUAGCAGCCCCGUUGGUGUUUUUUCCUUGGAAGAAAAUUUGGUGUGUUAAGAUACCUAGAAGGGUGGCCUUUUUCUUAUGGACAACUGCUAGGGGUGGGCUUCUUACUAUAGACAACCUUGUUAAGAAGAAGUUACCUAUUGUGAAUUGGUGCUGCCUUUGUCGAUGUGAAGAGGAAACUGUGGAUUAUUUAUUGAUCCAUUGUAAGUAUGCAUAUUCCUUGUGGAGUGAAGUCCUUCAUGUGUUUGGGGUUCAGUGGGUGAUGCUGAAGAAUCUUGUUUCUCUUCUUACUGCAUGGUGGAAUUGGUUGUGGAGUCACACUUCAAAAGUAUCGAAUAUGGCUCCAGCGUGUCUUAUGUGGUUAAUUUGGAAGGAGUGGAAUGCCCGUACUUUUGAGGAAACUGAGAGACUUGUAGACUGUGUGAAGUCUUUGCUACUUAGGACUUUGUUUGAGUGGUCUCGGAUUUGGGGGUUUACGCAUUGCCAUUCUUUGUUUGACUUUCUUAAUUCUGUUAGUCUUUCUUUUUGAUUGGUUUGUUCUCUUUUCAGUGCAGUGAGUUUACUUUCAUAAAUUCAUUGUGCUUUUAUUAUCAAUAAAGCUGUUAUUACCUAUCAAAAAAAACUUCUCUAUCAUCUUUCAUGAUAAAUUUUGAGUUCUAAUUCAAAGCCUUUACAAGUCAAGAUAAUCUACAAAUCACUGUUGAAUUUCCACUUAGAAAUACUUUUUGUGGAGCUAAAUGUGUUUGAAGGGCUCUCUUAUUAUAGAAUUGAUUCUUAUGGCUCCAUGUGUGCAUAUUCCAUUUAUAGGUAGAGCUUAGCUCUAUAAAAGAUGCAUAUUGUUCUAUACAUAUAUUCUCUCCCAGCAAAAAAUAAAUAAACAUACAUAAUCCUAAUUGUUCGAUCCUAAGUAAAAAUUGCCAGUUGGUUUAGCAAUAUGUAUUAGACUAACAUUUGUUUAAAUUAAUUUUUAUUAUAAUCUUUUGUAUCAUUACCUAUUGGUCAUUCCUGAUCUAAUUUUGGAUACUUGUCUCUUCACCUCUCUCUCUUUUUUUUAUUUUUUUUUAUUUUUUAAUUUUGUGUCCUUGUCUUGAACUUCAUAACUUAAUAAUGUCAAUUUACUGACACACAAUUGCAUUUUU